UUCCGUAACAACGUCGCUACUUUCGCAGUUGUAAUGCGUUAAUCUGCUGAAAUCGAAGUUUGUCAGGUGACAAACUGUUGAAAUAAAAUGCAGAAAUUUGUCGUUUAUUAGAGCAACAUUUUCUUCAUGAUGUUUAACUCCUAAGGAGACACUGUUUUGAAGAUCCACAUGGCGGGCAUUAAAGUGUUCCUCGAGUCCCUCAGGAGGGGGCUGAAGGUGGAUUUGAUCAGGGAGGUGGCGAGGCAGUACCCGUUCAUCUGCUUCGUCCUCGUCUCCAUGCUCUCCUCAACCAUAAUCCUCAACAGAUAUCUCCAUGUCCUGAUGAUAUUUUGGUUUUUCUUGGCUGGAGGAAUCACCUUCUACUGCUCGCUCAGUCCCAACACCCUCGUGCCAAACGUCCUGAUCUCCAUAACCACCAGAGAUAAAAAGCCGCAGCAGCAGGAGCUCUUCCCACAGGGUCACUGUUGCGCGGUUUGCGGGAAGAACAAGUGCAGGCGUCACAGACCUGGUCUUCUUCUGGAAAACUACCAGCCGUGGUUGGGUUUAAAGGUGCACUCUAAGGUGGACGCGUCCAUUGGAGAGGUAUUGGAGUUGGUCCUAGAGAAUUUUGUGUAUCCGUGGUACAGGGACAUUACAGAUGAUGAGGCUUGCGUGGAUGAACUCAGACAGACGUUUCGAUUUUUCGCCUCUAUUCUAGUUCGGAGAGCUCAGAAGGUGAACGUCCCUUCAGUCGUCACUGGUAAAAUGAUGAAAGCUGCCAUGAAGCACAUCGAGAUUGCUGCCAAAGCACAGCAGAAAGUGGAUAAAAACCGGGGCCUUCAACAGGUGGCGUUAGAAGAAUACGGCGCAGAUCUGCACGUGGCUCUGCGCAGCCGCCGAGACGAGCUGCUCUACCUACAGAAGCUCACAGAUAUGCUUUUUCCUUACGUCAUGCCUCCCAAAGCUACUGACUGCAGGUCUCUGUCUCUGCUCAUUCGAGAAGUCCUGACUGGCUCUGUGUUUCUCCCAACCAUGGACUUCAUAGCCGACCCUGACACAGUGAACUACAUGGCGCUCCUGUUCAUCGAUGACACUCCUCCCGAGGCAGCAACUGAGCCUCCGUCUGCACUGGUGCCCUUCCUACAGAAAUACGCAGACUCGCGCAACAAAAAUCCCUCUGUGCUGAAGCUGGACCUGAAGGAGAUUCGACUGCAGCAGGAUCUGCUGUUCCGCUUUAUGAGUUUCCUUAAACAGGAGGGAGCCGUGCAUGUGCUGCAGUUCUGCCUCGCUGUGGAGGAGUUCAAUGAUAAGAUUUUGUGUCCGGAGCUGAGUGACUCUGAGAUGCAGAGUCUGCACAGCGAGGUCCAGAAGAUCUACGUGACGUAUUGCCUGGAGGAGAGCAUCGACAAGAUCAGCUUCGACCCCUUUAUCAUCGAGGAAAUCCGCAACAUUGCAGAGGGCCCGUACCAAGACGUGGUGAAGCUGCAAAAGAUGCCAUGUCUCUUCGAGGCCUAUGAGCACGUCCUGUCCUUGCUGGAGAACGUCUUCACCCCAAUGUUUUGCCACAGCGAUGAGUAUUUCAGAUACCUGCUGUGCGGUGUUGAAUCUCCUCCAAGAAACGCUAAACUAAACAGGAAUUUGAGUUUGGAUGAUCUAAGGAACCCACCUAAACGGGGCGAGUCGUUCGGGAUCAGCCGCAUCGGCAGUAAGCUGAAGGGCGUGUUCAGGAGCAGCACCAUGGAGGGAGCAAUGCUGCCCUCCUACACCAUGGUCGACGGAGAAGAGGACAUGGUGGAGGAGGCGACAGUGGUAGUGGAGGACGACUCUCCCGUGCCCGUGGAAGUGGUGGCUACUCCAGGAACACAGAGGAACCUGUCAGCGUGGAUCAUCUCCAUUCCCUUCGUAGACUUCUUUGAUGAUGAAGUAAAGAAAGAGCGCAUUCCUGUCUUCUGCAUUGACGUGGAGCGACAUGACCGAGAGCAUGUGGCUCAUGAAACAGGAAGCUGGUCAGUCUACAGGAGAUACCUUGAGUUCUAUGUCCUCGAGUCCAAACUCACAGAAUUCCAUGGUUCAUUCCAGGAUGCACAACUCCCUUCCAAAAGAAUUAUCGGACCAAAGAAUUAUGAGUUUCUAAAUUCCAAGCGUCAGGAAUUUGAGGAAUACCUGCAGAACUUGUUGCGACACCCCGAGCUGAGCAACAGCCAGCUGUUAGCAGACUUCCUCUCCCCUCAUAGCACAGAGACGCAGUUCCUUGACAAGAUGUUGCCUGACGUCAAUCUGGGAAGGAUUUUUAAGUCGGUACCAGGGAAACUCAUCAAGGAGAAAGGACAAAACCUGGAGCCAUUCCUCCAGUCCUUCUUUAUCUCGUGCGAACAACCGAGACCCAAACCGAGCCGUCCUGAACUCACCGUGCUCAGCCCCACUGCUGGCAGCAACAAAAAGCUCUACAACAAUCUUUAUAAAAACAACGCAGACCAAGCGGACAUCAUGGACAGGAGGCACAAGCAGAACUAUUUUUUGGAGCAGAUGGAGCUGGAGGGGGUUUAUGACUACAUGAUGUAUGUAGGUCGUGUAGUUUUCCACUUGCCUGACUGGCUGCACCACAUGCUCUCGGCCGGUCGCAUACUUUUUAAGCAGACUCUGGAGGCCUACAUGGACCAAUACCUCCAGUACAAACUGGACCAGAUCCUACAGGAGCACCGACUCAUCUCCUUAAUCACGCUCCUGAGAGAUGCAGUGUUCUGCGAGAACAAUGACGAGCGCUCACCAGAAGAUAAACAGAGACGAGCCAAGCAGACAUUUGAAGAGAUGAUGAACUACCUGCCAGAUAUCAUGGGAAAGUGUAUAGGGGAGGAGAACAAAUAUGAUGGUAUUCAGCUGCUCUUCAACUGUCUCCAGCAGCCACUCCUCAACAAGCAGAUGACUUACGUGCUGCUCGACAUUGCCGUUGAGGAGCUUUUCCCCGAACUCAGUGCGAAAGAAAACCCAAGAACUGCAACACAGAUGUAAACAAGAUGUCCUCCACCGAUUUAAAUACUCUGGUGACAUUCCAGUGUUUGUUAUAAUGCCGUGUUGAAAUAAAUGUAUUUAUUAUUCAUUUUAA